UUUCCGAAAAUAAUUUCACCGAAGAAUGUCCAACUCAACCAUCACAAAAACCGUGCUAAGUGGAAUUGAUACCAACGUCCAGCGGUAUCCAUCUUAUCAUUAUCCAGAGUGGUUCAUAUAUCCCAUAUUUCUAGCAAGUGCUAUCUGCUGUUGUAGCUGCAUGGUUUGGUCCAUCGCGUCUUUUAUGUACUUUAGAAAAGACCAACAAUGCACAGUUAUUGUAGUGAUUGACGAGAAACCAGAAAAAUCAUCUAAAUCUAAGAAAAAGCCUCCGAAAACGCCUAAGGAAAUGGAAAACGGACCGUCAGUGGCCAAAAAGUCUUUGGAAACUUCUAAGAAGUCUGAAAAAUCUGGAAAUUCUUCGAAAAUGAGCGCUAAAGCUUAACUUUUGGUAGUUUUUAAGUCGAUAUGCUACUUUUUGUAAUGGAUUUUAAACUGAAUUAAACUGAAAAAGAAAAAUAUUUGAAUAAAACUUU